AUGAUCGAUGUGGCCGGGGCUGCUUUUUCACUUCUUGUUGCUGGAGGUGGUGUAUAUGGAUAUGCGAAAGCUAGAAGCAUUCCUUCCCUAGUUGCAGGUCUCACUUUUGGUGCCAUUCUUUUUAUCGGUUCUCAAAAGUAUAGCAAUGGCGAUCCUCGUAUCCUCUUUGGUGGAAGUUUUUCUCUGGCUGCUAUAAUGGGUUCAAGAUAUGCCAAUACUGGCAAAUUUAUGCCUGCUGGAAUCAUAUGCAUUUUAAGCACGGCGAUGGCUAUUCGCUGCGGACAUACAAUGUGGAGACGAUACAAUUCAAUCAAUAAAUAG